AUGUUCUUACGCGCUUGUCUCUCGCAGUCGACGGAGAAGAAGCAGUUGAACCCGAUGCGGGAGAUCAAGGUGCAGAAGCUUGUCCUCAACAUCUCCGUCGGGGAGAGCGGCGAUCGCCUCACUCGCGCUGCCAAGGUGUUGGAGCAGCUGAGCGGGCAGUCGCCAGUUUUCUCCAAGGCGAGGUACACUGUCAGGUCUUUUGGCAUUCGUCGUAAUGAGAAGAUUGCCUGCUAUGUGACGAUCAGGGGUGAGAAGGCAAUGCAGCUUCUCGAGAGUGGGCUGAAGGUGAAGGAGUACGAGCUCCUGAGGAGGAACUUCAGUGACACUGGUUGCUUUGGGUUUGGUAUUCAGGAGCACAUUGAUCUUGGCAUGAAGUAUGACCCAUCAACCGGCAUCUACGGCAUGGACUUCUUUGUUGUUCUGGAGCGAGCUGGAUACCGUGUCUCCCGCCGGCGCCGAUGCAAGGCCCGUGUUGGGAUCCACCAAAGGGUGACCAAGGAAGACGCCAUGAAGUGGUUCCAGGUCAAGUAUGAGGGUGUCAUCCUGAACAAGUCCCACGCUAGCUAG